AUGGCCAACGAAAGAUCGGCAGCACCUGAUAACAACAUGAGCGAACAGCGCUCACCGGAACCGGCCUCGAAAGCCGGCAGCAAGCAGGAGCAGAAUACAUCGGAGAAGGGCUCCACGAAAGGGAAGUCUUCAAAACCUCGACACAGGGCGUCAGUCGCUUGCGCGUCGUGCCGAGACCGCCGGAUACGAUGUGUAGUACCUCCCGGCGAGACAGAGUGUACACAGUGUAAACGAUCAGGGGUGGAAUGCGUCAUCAAAAACGACGACGAACGACGACGACCUAUCUCGAGGGCAUACAUGUGCUCUCUCACCGAUCGCGUAGCACUACUAGAGACAAUGCUGAAGGAGCGAGGCGAAGAGCUACCCCCAGCGAAUCACCCUCCCAAAACCCGCCAUAACCCUCAACCCGACGAAGAAGGUACAUCACCCACCCAAAAAGCAAGCGAAACCCAAGCGCACAACAACGAAAACCAUUCCAGUCCAGGCAGUCAACAAAGCCCACAAGAUGACUAUCCUGAUUUCGAACAGCACGAGAUGAACACGAAUAGCCCUCGUUUCUCAAACGGUGAUGCAGAAAGCGCGGGCUCGCCAUCUAUGCUACCACCUCCAAAGAAAGAUGGCAUGGUCAACCGUCUCCUCUCUACUCGUGGCCAUCUUAGCUUUGAUCAGUUGAACGGCCGCCUCCGCUACUUCGGUCCAACAACAAACUGCCAUGUACAUUCUGAGUCGGUCAACCCUUUCGGCGCAACACAAGAGAUGAAUGAACAGGCUCGACGCGCCGACAAGAUCAUCCGCUCUCUUCCACUGGAAACAUACGAUUAUCUCAUGGAUCUGUUCUGGCAAUGUUACAACCCAGUCAUCCAUGUUUUGCACCAAGAUGCUUUCAACGAAGACCGCGAGAUGGGCCAUACACAGUUCUAUUCUGGGUUUCUGCAUGUCUGUGUUCUGGCCAUGGGUUACCGUUUCGCAAACAAGGAAAGGCUCGACAUCAGAAGAAUCGGUUUACCGGGCAUGGAGAGCACUUUACAUCGCGAAGCAAAGUACAUGCUUGAUCAUGAGCUGGAAAGGCCGGGUGGGAUACCGAGCGUAGUUGCAUUACUUCUGCUAGGCGACCUCGAGUGCGGCGUCGGUAGAGAUAAUCUGGGCUGGAUGUACGGCGGGAUGGCUGUGCGACUUGCUUUCGAUAUCGGUCUCCAUCUCGAUACACGACUCUCAGGUCUCCCAGAACGCGAGGUCGAGAUCCGCCAAAUGACUCUUUGGGCAUGCGUCAUCUACGACAAAUACUGGGCACUUUUCUUGGGCCGGCCGACCUCGAUGAAGCCUUCCGAUCUUGAAAUAUACAACUUGACAAAGCAGUUUGAGCGCCUUGGCACCUGUCGACCGGCUGGACUGGGGAAGAGCAUGGAGACCAUGAUCUACGAAGCACUCCUCGAUCUUAUGGAGCUCGCAGGAAAGAUCACCGAGAAUAUGGAUCCGCAUCGCUCGCAGCACGCUGCUUCCGACUCGCACACCGCCGUAGAUCGAAAUCAGUAUAUGCGCAUGGCAGCGCUGGACCGCGAGUUCAGCAGUUGGUACGCUAGACUACCCGAGCAACUGCGCUGGACACCAGCCAACAUUGCGACUGCUCCAUUCUCGUUCUUCUUGUUGCAUCAACAGUAUCACGCCAGUCUGAUCUUGCUACACCGACCGUUCGCCUUGUAUGAAGACCAAGCGGGCAACGAGAGUGGCCCUGACGACCAUUUCUCCGCGUUGAGUAGGACAGUAUGCACUAAGCAUGCUAUUCGCGUAGCAAGGAUAUACUGGCAACAUCGACAGCGAUUCGAUACGAAGCAAAUAUUCGUUACAGGCAUGCAACACGCGGUAUGUAGCAGCUAA